AUAGCAGGUGGAGAGGAUGAAGAUCUGAGACUGGUGAAUGGUGGCAACCCCUGCACUGGCAGAGUGGAGAUUUACCACAAUGGAAAGUGGGGAACAGUAUGCGAUGAUAGCUGGGACAUGCAGGAAGCUACCGUGGUCUGUAAUCAGCUGGGCUGUGGUUCUGCUGUAAAUGCACCUGGAAGCGCUCAUUUUGGCCAAGGGUCUGGAACCAUCUGGCUCGAUGAUGUUGGUUGCAGUGGAACAGAGGAAGCAUUGUGGAAAUGUCCUCCAAGCACAAGGGGAAAGUCUGACUGUAAUCAUGGAGAGGAUGCUGGAGUAAUCUGUUCAGGUUCAAAAGGCUACAGACUGGUUAAUGGCAGCAAUGCAUGUUCUGGAAGAGUCGAAAUCCAGUACAAUAGUGAAUGGAGGUCUCUGUGCAGCCUGGAAUGGGAUAUGGCUGAUGCCAAUGUUCUGUGUAACCAAAUGAGCUGUGGUUAUGCCGUGAAUAUCUAUACAGAAGACUUUGUGGAAAAUGGAACAAAUGAGAUCAGGAGAGACUAUUUUCAUUGCAAUGGUUCCGAAUCGCACCUGAAGUUCUGUCGUUCUCAUUCCUUUGGUAACCCAGCAUGCACUACUGGUCAAGUCGCAUCUGUUAUUUGUUCAGGUUCAAAAGGCUACAGACUGGUUAAUGGCAGCAAUGCAUGUUCUGGAAGAGUCGAAAUCCAGUACAAUAGUGAAUGGAGGUCUCUGUGCAGCCUGGAAUGGGAUAUGGCUGAUGCCAAUGUUCUGUGUAACCAAAUGAGCUGUGGUUAUGCCGUGAAUAUCUAUACAGAAGACUUUGUGGAAAAUGGAACAAAUGAGAUCAGGAGAGACUAUUUUCAUUGCAAUGGUUCCGAAUCGCACCUGAAGUUCUGUCGUUCUCAUUCCUUUGGUAACCCAGCAUGCACUACUGGUCAAGUCGCAUCUGUUAUUUGUUCAGACUUAAAUGGCAGGUUAAGACUAAUGAAUGGAGGAAGCCUAUGCGAUGGACAUGUGGAAAUUUACUACAAUGGCACAUGGGGAAGAGUACAAGAUGAAUUAUGGGAAAUGACAGAUGCAAAAGUAGUCUGCAGGCAAAUGAGAUGUGGAACUGCAUUGAAAGCAUUCAUCAGUCUUUCAAAUAAUAUGAAUGAAUCUGUGUGGCUGAGAAGUGUACAAUGUCAAGGAAAUGAAUCCAGAUUAUUGGACUGUACCUUAAAUAUUUCCUACAUUCAGCAAUCUGAAGUAGCUGGUGUUUCCAAAUAUGCUUCUGUUAUUUGUAGCGAACACAUGCAGCUGAGACUUGCUGAUGCCAAGGGACAAUGUGCAGGAAGAGUGGAGGUGUAUUACAAUGGAAUCUGGGGCACGGUAUGCGAUGAUUGGUGGGAUAUGGUAGAUGCUAAUGUUGCUUGCCAACAGCUGAAAUGUGGACAUGCCGUAUCAAUCAACUCAGCAGUGUUUGGUAAAGGAUCAGGGCCAAUUUGGCUGGAUGACCUUAUGUGUUAUGGAAAUGAAUCUGUACUCUGGCAAUGUCAAUCCUCGAGAUGGGGAAAGCAUAACUGCAACCAUAAGGAAGACGCAGGUGUUGUAUGUUCUGAAUUUAAACAGCUGAGACUUGCUGAUGGAGACCAUCAUUGCGAAGGAAGACUAGAAGUAUUUUUUCACAACGGGACAUGGGGAACUGUCUGUUCCAAUGGUUUAAAUUCUAAGUCCCCCACAAUCAGCCUUGUUUGCCAUGUUUUAGGAUGUGGAAUGAGUGGUAGGUUACAUUAUACACCUACAUUUAAGGAAAGUCAGAAUGACAAGUCUAUUGACACAAUUCAGUGCCAAAGCUAUCACACAUCCCUCUGGGAAUGUCCUUCUUCACCCUGGUUUGACAAACCCUGUUCUGCUGAACAGGAAACUCAUCUCACCUGCUCAGAUGAUCCAUCAGUUGCCUCUGAAGCUUGA